UUCAUCGGCAUUAUACCGGUGUUUUAUUUUUUUGACAUGUAAAUUAUACUGCACGUCAUUAUUAAGAUCUUUGCUAUUAUAAGUGAGAUAUGUGCAUAUUUUAGAAUGACGACUAGUUGCAGCAUAGGAAAUGUCAUGCCAUUUGAAAGUCGAGGGCUAAUGUUGGAUUGGUAGUCUCAUAACCUUACUCUUAGGCUAUAUUAACAUGUUUUUGCGACAAGUAGGAAACAUAAGUAAAAAUACCGUUCAGCGGAACAAUGCUAAGUCAAUUGUGCAUAAGAGUGCGAAAACGGUUCGUCAAGAAUUUCUGGAUUUCUUUGUGAAUAAUUUGAACCAUACGUUUGUCCACUCAAGUCCUGUUUUCCCACUAUUUGAUCCAACGGUUCCUUUUGUAAAUGCUGGAAUGAAUCAGUUCAAGGGAAUAUUUUUAGGAUAUAGCACCCCACAUACAACAAAAGUUGUUAAUUCUCAAAAAUGUAUCCGAGUCGGUGGAAAACACAAUGAUAUAGACAUUGUUGGACAAGAUACUUAUCAUCAUACAUUUUUUGAAAUGCUUGGAAAUUGGUCAUUUGGAGAUUACUUUAAAGAGGAAGCUUGCAGAUAUGCAUGGCAAUUACUUACAGAUAUUUAUGGAAUCAAUAAAGACUUUCUAUAUGUUACAUACUUUAGUGGCAAUGAGAAAUUUGGACUGCAGGCUGAUUUAGAAUGCAAAGAUAUUUGGUUAAACCUUGGAGUUGCAGCAAAUAGAAUUUUACCCUUUGGAAUGGAAGAAAACUUUUGGGAAAUGGGAGUAACGGGUCCUUGUGGACCGUGUACAGAAAUUCACAUAGAUCAUACAAUGAAUCCUAAGAAUCAGGCUGAAAUGGUUAACAAGGGGCAUACAGAUUUAACAGAACUUUGGAACAUAGUUUUUAUACAACAUCAAAGGUUAACGGAUGGUUCCAUAAUACCUUUGGCCAAGCAAUAUAUAGAUACGGGAAUGGGACUUGAAAGACUUGUGGCAGUAUUACAAAGGAAGCGGUCAAACUAUGACACAGAUCUUUUCACGCCAUUAUUUGAAGCUAUUCAGAAGAAAUCACAUGCUCCUGAAUAUGAAGGAAGAUUUGCUGCAGCUGAUAAAGAUGGUAUAGAUUCUGGAUACCGAAUAUUAGCUGAUCAUGCAAGGAUGGUUACUGUAGCAAUUGCUGAUGGCACAUUACCUGAGGAAAAUUAUAAACUACGGAAGGUAUUGCGUAAGGCAUUAGACGUGAGUGAAAACGUGUUCAAGCAGGAUGGAUUGCUUCUUGAAUUAACCUUCCACAUUGCAGAGAUUCUCGGCGACGUCUACCCAGAAAUAAGGAAAAAUCUUACAAUGGUACAAAGAGUGAUACAACAUGAAGAUGAAGUAUUAAAAAAUGUAAAGUGUACAGCUGAAGCUGAAUGGAAAAAGAUUGUACAGACACGGCCUUCCUUAGGCAUAAUUAGUGACGUAAAUUCACCAGGAUUAGUAGCAGCGUACAAAGACUUACAGACUGUAAUAGCAGAUAUAUCGAAAUCAGCUGUUUUACCAGUUCAUGUGGCAUUUAAACUAUAUGAUACUUAUGGCUUAAGUGUACACACAAUAGCUGAAUUGGCAAAAGUUGAAUCACUUUCAUUUGACGAAAGCACAUUUUAUGCGGCUCUUGAUGAUGUCAGACAACAUUCGAGAUUCAAAAUUGGAAAUAUGAAAAAGGAGAUUAUAACACAAUCGUCUUUGACUUUACUUGAACAGAAUAAUACACCGAAAACGGACGAUUCUCCCAAAUAUGAAUACACCUAUACUGUUGACAAAUACUGCUUUUCAAAUAUAAAAUCGAAAUUAGUUGCAGUUAUUAUAAAUGGUAAUGUGGUGCCUCAGAAUCCGCCACAUUCAGACGAUGAAAGCACAGUCAUAACUGAAGCAACUGUAACACGGAACGGCAACAUUGUUGAAAUUGGCGCAACUAUAGAACCUGACGUGGAAAUUGGUUUAAUACUGGACAAAACGCCUUAUUAUACUUGCGAAGGAGGUCAAGCUUCUGAUACUGGAUAUAUUCAAUUUAAGAACUUACGAUUUAAUGUCAACGAAGUAUACAAACUUCAUGGUUAUGUUAUUCACGUUGGAAAGUUUGCUGCCCAAAGUGUAGCGAAUACGGAAUUAGAAUUGAGAGUUGGAGUUGAGUGUGUACCUACCAUCGAUACUGAAACUAGAGUCAAUAUUAUGAGACACCAUACUGCAACGCAUUUAUUACAUGCUGCUUUGAGGCAAGUAAUGCCUGUAGUGCGCCAGAGAAGCUGUACUGUCACAAAAGAGAAUUUAACGUUUACGAUUAGUCUGCUUGGGGAAGAAUUGAGUUUUAACAAUUUGAUGGUCGUACAAGAUCGUGUUAAUGACAUUAUAAAGGCUAAUGUUCCUGUUAAUACGCGAAUCGCUGAUUCUUUGAAGCUAUUAUCAGAAGAUGAUCUUGUAUUAGUACCUGGAGAAAUUUAUCCUCUGACAGGAAUCAGAAUUGUAGAAAUUAAUGAUAGUUCGUUAACAUCAAAAGAAGCUUGUUGUGGUACACAUGUUCACAAUACUGGUGUAUUACAAUACUUUUGCAUUUUGGACAGCAAAUCAAAAGGUACUGGAAGACGUGCUAUUAAAGCUGUUGCUGGACCAUUUGCUCGAUUAGCACGAUUAGCUGGUGAUAAUGUAAAAGCAAAAGUGGAUGGACUGGAAAAAGAAUUUGAGGCAGGAAACAUACAACAUAAUGUCAUGCAAGCUAGGAUACAUGAUCUAAAACGUCAAAUAGCAUCAUUAAACUCCACAAUGGACAAUGUCAUUAUUCCGUAUUCUGUCAAACAAGAAUGUUUGAAUCAUCUUUAUAAUCUACAGAAGUCUCUAAAAUCACAUGGCAGAUCCUCUGCUGAAUCUGAGAUGAAAAACGCAAUGCAUUCAUUAAGAUUACCAUUUAUGGUACAAUGUCUUCAAUCGAGCACCAUCGUGUUAAACAAUUUAUCUUUGCCAAAACUUACAAAUCUCUGCCCGAAUAUGCCUGUAAUGGUCAUAGUCCACAGUGAAAAAAUGGUGAAAGCUAGAUGUUGCAUACCAAAGGAAAUGGUUUCAAAUGAUUUCAAUGCACGUUCAUGGAUGAAGACAGUUGUGUCAAUUUUUAAUUCCGAGGAUUAUACGCAUAAGGAUGAAGACCCGUUAUUGGUUAAUAAUAUGAAAAGUACAAAAUUAUUAGAGAAUCAAAUUAAAUCAUUCAUAGAUCAAGCCGUUACAGAGGCCACCAAAUUUGCUUCGAAACACGUGAAAAAAACAAAACAUAAAAGUAAAUGACAAACCAUUUGCUAGAAUGCAAAUUUAGUAAACUACAAGUUGGUGUGCAAGGAGUGUAAAUAAAACCAUUAUUUAAAAA